AUGCUCAUGGACAAUUUGCCUGCGAUAUUCAACGGCGACCCUGAGGGCGAACCUGCGCAGUAUGUCCUUGCAAAUAUCAGAAAGGUCACCGAUGUAGCACGUUCGCUGCUGGUCCCCAACGUCCUUCGUCCCAUAUGCCUCUACAUAGUCGAGACAUCUACAGCAUUCUUGCAAAUCACACCAGCUGAUUUCUCCAGCCAAGCCCAACGUAUUGCGCAGCUCUGGGACCCUUUCCUCGUUCAGAACGACUGGGUUUUACAAUGGUUCCUCGUUAUGGUGUUUGGGGACAUCAUCAAUCCGAACUUCGGCUUCACACGUUUUCCACCCACGGUUUAUCCCCCGAACCCGGACAAAGUACAACGAUUGACCGUACUCAAGACGUCGUUUGUCAACUUCCACAGAAGCCGUCUUAUUGUCCUCUUGGAUGCCUAUUACGUAUUCCUCGUCGAUCACAAUACCCAAGAUUCUGUUCCCAAUCACUUCGUGCCGAAGAACGUUGCACCCAAAGCUCUGCUCACAGGUUUCCGUAAUGAGUGGCGAAACCUCAAUCUUCAUGCCACUGUCGCUCCGUUUCACAUUGGUAUCGGGGACUACCCUUCAUAUAACGGUGUUAGCUUCAACUCGAAGCUAGUCCGAUAUGAGCUUUGGGAGUACAUGCACCAUUCCACCUAA